UUUAAAUCCCUAUUUACUCCUUGAGGGAGUGAGUAAAUAUGUCCCAUCCCAUCAAGAUAAGCCGAGUCAUAUUCACUCAGGAGUUUUAUGAACGCACCAUCAUUCGUGUGUAACAUCAACACGUCAACAGCAUGUCUGCGGUGACGCUGCUGUUGACCUGCCUGCUCCUCAGAGAUGUCCAUGCUCUGUCAGGAAACUUCUGGCACAUAACGGACCUGCACUGGGAUCCAACCUACGAAGUGACCGAAGUUCCAGAGCGUGUCUGCGGUUCAAGCGGUGGCCUACCCGCUGCCGCUGCGGGGCCGUUUGGAGACUAUGCCUGUGACUCACCGUGGCACCUGAUCGACUCCUCUGUUAAUGCCAUGAAGGCUAUUUUACCCGACCCGGACUUCAUCGUGUGGACAGGAGAUGACACACCACACGUACCCAACAAGGACUUGGGUGAAGAGAAGGUUCUGGACAUUAUGAGAAAUCUGACUCACAUCAUCAAACGGGUCUUCCCAGACACUAAAGUUUACUCCGCUCUGGGAAACCACGAUUACCAUCCUAAGAGCCAACUUCCUGCCGGACCAAGUUACAUCUACAACCAGACGGCUGAAAUGUGGAGCGACUGGUUGGAGCCUGAGUCCAGAGAGUCCUUCAGAAAAGGUGGGUUUUACACAGAGCGGCUGCUGAAUCGAGGAGGUUUCAGGAUUCUGGUCCUGAACACCAACCUCUACUACGAUCAGAACCAGGUGGUGACAGACGCCGAGGACCCAGCGGGUCAGUUCAGCUGGGCUGACGGAGUUCUGACUGAAGCUGCCCAAAAAAAGGAGAAGGUGUACAUCAUUGGACACGUUCCUCCAGGGUUCUUUGAGAAGAAGAGAAGUAAGGCGUGGUUCAAGCCCCGGUUCAACCAGCGGUACAUAGACCUGGUCCAGAAACAUCACCCUGUCAUCCUGGGCCAGUUCUUCGGCCAUCACCACACCGACAGCUUCCGCAUGUUCUACAGCUCAGAUGGCUCUCCCAUCAGUACCAUGUUCCUCAGCCCUGGUGUCACACCCUGGAAAACCACGCUCCCCGGAGUCGUGAAUGGAGCAAACAAUCCUGGGAUUCGUGUGUUUGAAUACGACACGCAGACUCUUCUGGUCAAAGAUGUGGUGACCUACUAUCUGAACCUAACCCAUGCUAAUGAGGCCUACGGGCGCUGGGAGAAAGAGUAUCGCCUGACAGAGAGCUUCAGAGUGCCAGACGCCUCGCCGCCUUCCAUGCACCAGGUGCUGGAACGCAUGGCCAACGACCGGUGCUACCUGCAGAAGUACUACGAGUUCAACUCCGUCAGCUACGACCUGACAGAAUGUGACGCAGACUGCCGCGUGGACCACGUGUGUGCAGCCAGAGAGGCGGACUUCGAAAGCUACGAUAUCUGCCUCAAAGAGGCCGGGGCGCCUGUCGUCGUGGGGGGGGCGCUGCUGCCCCUCCUGUCUGUGGCUCUGAGUCUGCUGUCAGCCCGGUGGUUCUGAUCCGACGUCAGUGGUGAACAGAUGAAUCAGUGUCACUGCAGACAAUCAGUGGACGUUCUAAUGUCAGGAACGCUCAAUCCUGCACUGCACAUGCGACUCCUAGUGGUCUGUGGAUGUAAUGCAGGGUGGUUGAUUUAACAUUUGUAAAAUAUCUUUAAAGUUUUUAUUUUAUGUGUUUAAAA